CGGGGCCUGGAGCCGGCCCCGCGGUUCGGGGCUGCGGGAGGUGUGGGACCGGCAAAGCCGCGUCAGGCUCCUUGGCCGGGGAGCGGAGCGUGUUCUGUCACCUCGCUAAUUACGUUGAUAAUCAAUUAUCUCCGUUAGAAAUAGGAACCUGGGAGAGUCCUGCAGUGAGCGGUGUUCAGCCCCAGCCUCGGACGUUCCACAGCUCCUCAGCAGCCCUGGGAGACCGUCUGUACGUGUUUGGAGGGGGGGAUAAGGGAGCAGAGCCGGUUCAGGACCAGCAGCUCCACGUGUUUGACACAGCCACCUUGACCUGGUCCCAGCCAGAUACUCACGGUGAUCCCCCCUCUCCUCGGCACGGACACGCUGUGGUAGCGGCUGGGACCAAACUCUUCAUCCAUGGAGGUUUAGCUGGGGAUAUUUUUUACGAUGAUCUGUUCUACAUCGAUACGAAUGACAUGAGAUGGGUGAAGGUGGCAGCCACUGGUGACAUCCCGGGAGGACGGGCAUCCCACGCAGCAGCUGUGUUCAAAGAGCACCUGUACAUUUUUGGUGGGAUAGGUCCAGGGGGGGCCCUGGAUACUGCGUACAGGUAUCACACAGAGAGGCAGCAGUGGACGCUCCUGCCCUUCGAUUCCCCUCUGCCCGCUGGGAGACUGGACCACGCCAUGUGCGUCAUUCCCUGGCGCGCUGGAAAGAGCAGAGACACGGGAGCUGGGGACAGAGCUGCCCUGGUCCAGCAGAGCCCAGAGGAGGAGGAGGGGGGUGCUGAAGACACAGUCGUGCAUCUGCUGUUGGUAUGUGGUGGGAUGGACACGCAGGGGGAGAUGUACAGGGACUGUGUUGUCAGCCUGAUCCAGUAG